AUGAACUUGACACCAAGUCCCCCAACCUUAGUGUUGUGCAGUGAGCCAGCCAGCCGGUCAGUGAGCCAGCCAGCCAGCCAGCCAGCCAGUGAGUCAGUCAGUCAGCCAGUGAGUCAGCCAGCCAGCCAGCCAGCCAGCCAGCCAGCCAGCCAGCCAGCCAGCCAGCCAGUGAGUCAGCCAGUCAGUGAGUCAGUGAGUCAGCCAGCCAGCCAGUGAGUCAGCCAGUGAGUCAGCCAGUCAGCCAGCCAGCCAGCCAGCCAGCCAGCCAGCCAGCGAGUCAGCCAGCCAGCCAGCGAGUCAGCCAGCCAGCCAGCCAGCCAGCCAGCGAGUCAGCCAGCCAGCCAGCGAGUCAGCCAGCCAGCCAGUGAGUCAGUCAGCACCAAUCUGAUACCUGGGGUUUGAUAAGAACAGAUUCCUGUCCAGAUGUAGGUUAGUUAAGGAUUGAUAUGAGUGCUUUUGGAAGUCACUUUGGAAGAAAAACGUCUGCUAAAUGGCGCAUAUUAUUUGUAUUAAUGGUGUCAUUGCCUCUUGUCUGUCUGGCCCAGUACAUCACUGGGGCCAAGCUUCCUGCCAUCCAGGACCUCUAUACCAGGCUCAUUAACAGCUUCUACCCCCAAGCCAUAAGACUGCUGAACAGUUAUUCAAAUGGCCACCUGGACUAUUUACAUUGCCCCCCCCCUACGGUUUUUACACUGCUGCUACUCGCUGUUUAUUAUCUAUGCAUAGUCACUUUACAAAUUACCUGGACUAACCUGUACCCAGCACAUUGACCCAGUACCGGUACCCUCUGUAUAUAGCCUCGUUAUUACCUCAACUAACCUGUACCCAGCACAUUGACUCGGUACCGGUACCCCCUGUAUAUAGCCUCGUUAUUACCUCAACUAACCUGUACCGAGCACAUUGACUCGGUACCGGUACCCCCUGUAUAUAGCCUCCAGCCCAUUGACUCGGUACCGGUACCCCCUGUAUAUAGCCUCCAGCCCAUUGACUCGGUACCGGUACCCCCUGUAUAUAGCCUGUAUAUUGACUCGGUACCGUACCCCUGUAUAUAGCCUCCAGCCCAUUGACUCGGUACCGGUACCCCCUGUAUAUAGCCUCCAGCCCAUUGACUCGGUACCGGUACCCCCUGUAUAUAGCCUCCAGCCCAUUGACUAGGUACCGGUACCCCCUGUAUAUAGCCUCCAGCCCAUUGACUAGGUACCGGUACCCCCUGUGUAUAGCCUCCAGCCCAUUGACUCGGUACCGGUACCCCCUGUAUAUAGCCUCCAGCCCAUUGACUCGGUACCGGUACCCCCUGUAUAUAGCCUCCAGCCCAUUGACUCGGUACCGGUACCCCCUGUAUAUAGCCUCCAGCCCAUUGACCCGGUUACCGGUACCCCCUGUAUAUAGCCUCCAGCCCAUUGACUAGGUACCGGUACCCCCUGUAUAUAGCCUCCAGCCCAUUGACUCUGUACCGGUACCCCCUGUGUAUAGCCUCCAGCCCAUUGACUCUGUACCGGUACCCCCUGUGUAUAGCCUCCAGCCCAUUGACUCGGUACCGGUACCCCCUGUAUAUAGCCUCCAGCCCAUUGACUCGGUACCGGUACCCCCUGUAUAUAGCCUCCAGCCCAUUGACCCGGUACCGGUACCCCCUGUAUAUAGCCUCCAGCCCAUUGACUCGGUACCGGUACCCCCUGUAUAUAGCCUCCAGCCCAUUGACCCGGUACCGGUACCCCCUGUAUAUAGCCUCCAGCCCAUUGACCCGGUACCGGUACCCCCUGUAUAUAGCCUCGUUAUUGUUAUUUUAUUGUGUUACUUUUAUAUUAUUUUUUACUUUAGUUUAUUUAGUAAAUAUUUUCUUAACUCUUUCUUGAACUGCAUUGUUGGUUAAGGGCUUGUAAGUAAGCAUUUCACGGUAAGUUCUACACCUGUUGUAUUCGGCGCACGUGACAAAUAACAUUUGAUUUGAUUUAAUGUUGUAUUAACUCCAGGCCUCGGGGAAAGGGUUUGUGCUGGUCCAGACCAAGGAAGUGUCCAUGCGUCCCGAGGACGUCAGCAGAGGGUUCCAGAACGAUGCAGAGGGACUCCUAGAGUGGAUCACCAAGGGUAAGGAACACAAAGAAUGGGUCCCAAAUAGCAGCUUAUUCCCUAUAUAGUGCACUACUUUUCACCAGGGCCCCAGUCAAAAGUAGUGCACUAUAUAGGGAAUAGGGUGCCAUUUGGGACGUAGACAAUCCUCAUAUUAUCAUCUGGGUUAAUCGUUCAAUAGUAGGAAUUAGACUAGGGCUGACAUGAGUUGGCUGUUUCUGGUUCUCUGUGAUGUAUGAUGACCUUUGAAUCAAGAGAAAGGGGGGAAUAAAAAUCGUCAUAGCUGAAGGAAAGAAUUGCGUUAGUGAAAGAGUUUAUUUAGUGCUUAUGAUGAUUAGGCAAGCAUCUCUUCUCUUCCACAGGGCCAGUGACAGCUCUGGAGUUGAAUGGGGACGGGGUAGUAGAGGCCUGUAAGGCCAUGUCCAGGGACAUGUUCAGUGGAACCAAGGUAACAGCGCUCCAGACAAAAACAUUUAUUGUUUUAAUGUCAAUGAGACUAACCUGGUGAAAUUACAUUUAAAAAAAUAUUUUAUCAGUUGUACUGAAAGUUUUUGUCAGAACUGUACUAGCUAAUAAAAUAGUAGCUGAAUGUGAAGUAACUCUUGUUUUCUGUCCUGUAUGUGAAGUAAGUCUUGUUUUCUGUCCUGUUCUCUGCAGGUGUUUGUUUCAGACAACAGAAAUACUUCCUCUCGAGACGUGAACAACUUCUUCAACUUCGCUGACAUGCAGAUGGGCUUGUGAUUGAAUCACUGCAUUAUAAUCAAAACAAACUACACAACUGAUGAUUUUUUAUUUUUUGUUGGCAUUAUUGAGACUUGAUAUACUAGUAGGUAGCAGAGAGGACAGGUUAAUCAGCAUAGUGAUGGUAGGUAGCAGAGAGGACAGGUUAAUCAGCAUAGUGAUGGUAGGUAGCAGAGAGGACAGGUUAAUCAGCAUAGUGAUGGUAGGUAGCAGAGAGGACAGGUUAAUCAGCAUAGUGAUGGUAGGUAGCAGAGAGGACAGGUUAAUCAGCAUAGUGAUGGUAGGUAGCAGAGAGGACAGGUUAAUCAGCAUAGUGAUGGUAGGUAGCAGAGAGGACAGGUUAAUCAGCAUAGUGAUGGUAGGUAGCAGAGAGGACAGGUUAAUCAGCAUAGUGAUGGUAGGUAGCAGAGAGGACAGGUUAAUCAGCAUAGUGAUGGUAGGUAGCAGAGAGGACAGGUUAAUCAGCAUAGUGAUGGUAGGUAGCAGAGAGGACAGGUUAAUCAGCAUAGUGAUGGUAGGUAGCAGAGAGGACAGGUUAAUCAGCAUAGUGAUGGUAGGUAGCAGAGAGGACAGGUUAAUCAGCAUAGUGAUGGUAGGUAGCAGAGGAGGACAGGUUAAUCAGCAUAGUGAUGGUAGGUAGCAGAGAGGACAGGUUAAUCAGCAUAGUGAUGGUAGGUAGCAGAGAGGACAGGUUAAUCAGCAUAGUGAUGGUAGGUAGCAGAGAGGACAGGUUAAUCAGCAUAGUGAUGGUAGGUAGCAGGAGAGACAGGUUAAUCAACAUAGUGAUGGUAGGUAGCAGAGAGGACAGGUUAAUCAACAUAGUGAUGGUAGGUAGCAGAGAGGACAGGUUAAUCAGCAUAGUGAUGGUAGGUAGCAGAGAGGACAGGUUAAUCAGCAUAGUGAUGGUAGGUAGCAGAGAGGACAGGUUAAUCAGCAUAGUGAUGGUAGGUAGCAGAGAGGACAGGUUAAUCAGCAUAGUGAUGGUAGGUAGCAGAGAGGACAGGUUAAUCAGCAUAGUGAUGGUAGGUAGCAGAGAGGACAGGUUAAUCAGCAUAGUGAUGGUAGGUAGCAGAGAGGACAGGUUAAUCAGCAUAGUGAUGGUAGGUAGCAGAGAGGACAGGUUAAUCAGCAUAGUGAUGGUAGGUAGCAGAGAGGACAGUUUAAUCAACAUAAUAGCAGAUAAUCCUGGGGGACACCAAGGGGUGAACAUUUUGUUUUUUGCCCUGAAACUACACAGCUGGCCUGCGCUCUGUAUGAAAAAACGUAAUGCAACAUUCAAUUAAAUGGGAACGGUGCAGUUCUGAACGACCAGUUGAAAAAUAGGGAGGGGUUGGGUUGUGGGUUCAAAAUGCACCGCUACCCUUAAAAUAUGUCACUCAUUGCUUCAAGCCGCACCCCACCACACCCACCAAACGGAGCAAAUGUACCUCAAAUCUGUUCAAGAACGUUUUGGGUGAAACAUGUUCUGUGGCCGUUAUGCAACGUAGCAAACGUUCAAUCGAACUGAAAGCAGCCCUAGUGCAAAUAAUUGACUCAUCAUCAAGCUUUGAUUAUUGGAAGCAGAUUUGUAGUUCUAGGGCAAAAAGCAAAACGUGCAGCCAGGGAGUCCCAAAGACCGAGUUGGGAAAUGCUGCAUUAGUUAUUAGUUAUAUGAAUUUCUUGAAUGUAUUCUAUCUUGUUAUACAGUGGGGGAAAAAAGUAUUUAGUCAGCCACCAAUUGUGCAAGUUCUCCCACUUAAAAAGAUGAGAGAGGCCUGUAAUUUUCAUCAUAGGUACACGUCAACUAUGACAAACAAAUUGAGAUUUUUUUUCUCCAGAAAAUCACAUUGUGGGAUUUUUUAUGAAUUUAUUUGCAAAUUAUGGUGGAAAAUAAGUAUUUGGUCACCUACAAACAAGCAAGAUUUCUGGCUCUCACAGACCUGUAACUUCUUCUUUAAGAGGCUCCUCUGUCCUCCACUCGUUACCUGUAUUAAUGGCACCUGUUUGAACUUGUUAUCAGUAUAAAAGACACCUGUCCACAACCUCAAACAGUCACACUCCAAACUCCACUAUGGCCAAGACCAAAUAGCUGCCAAAGGACACCAGAAACAAAAUUGUAGACCUGCACCAGGCUGGGAAGACUGAAUCUGCAAUAAGUAAGCAGCUUGGUUUGAAGAAAUCAACUGUGGGAGCAAUUAUUAGGAAAUGGAAGACAUACAAGACCACUGAUAAUCUCCCUCGAUCUGAGGCUACACGCAAGAUCUCACCCCGUGGGGUCAAAAUGAUCACAAGAACGGUGAGCAAAAAUCCCAGAACCACACAGGGGGACCUAGUGAAUGACCUGCAGAGAGCUGGGACCAAAGUAACAAAGCCUACCAUCAGUAACACACUACGCCACCAGGGACUCAAAUCCUGCAGUGCCAGACAUGUCCCCCUGCUUAAGCCAGUACAUGUCCAGGCCCGUCUGAAGUUUGCUAGAGUGCAUUUGGAUGAUCCAGAAGAGGAUUGGGAGAAUGUCAUAUGGUCAGAUGAAACCAAAAUAUAACUUUUUGGUAAAAACUCAACUCGUCGUGUUUGGAGGACAAAGAAUGCUGAGUUGCAUCCAAAGAACACCAUACCUACUGUGAAGCAUGGGGGUGGAAACGUCAUGCUUUGGGGCUGUUUUUCUGCAAAGGGACCAGGACGACUGAUCCGUGUAAAGGAAAGAAUGAAUGGGGCCAUGUAUCGUGAGAUUUUGAGUGAAAACCUCUUUCCAUCAGCAAGGGCAUUGAAGAUGAAACGUGGCUGGGUCUUUCAGCAUGACAAUGAUCCCAAACACACCGCCCGGGCAACGAAGGAGUGGCUUCGUAAGAAGCAUUUCAAGGUCCUGGAGUGGCCUAGCCAGUCUCCAGAUCUCAACCCCAUAGAAAAUCUUUGGAGGGAGUUGAAAGUCUGUGUUGCCCAGCGACAGCCCCAAAACAUCACUGCUCUAGAGGAGAUCUGCAUGGAGGAAUGGGCCAAAAUACCAGCAACAGUGUGUGAAAACCUUGUGAAUACUUACAGAAAACAUUUGACCUGUGUCAUUGCAACAAAGGGUAUAUAACAAAGUAUUGAGAAUGUUUUGUUAUUGACCAAAUACUUAUUUUCCACCAUAAUUUGCAAAUAAAUUCAUUAAAAAUCCUACAAUGUGAUUUUCUGGAAUUUGUUUUCUCAUUUUGUCUAUCAUAGUUGACGUGUACCUAUGAUGAAAAUUACAGGCCUCUCUCAUCUUUUUAAGUGGGAGAACUUGCACAAUUGGUGGCUGACUAAAUACCACUGUAAUGUGUUUGGGGGGGGACACCACUGUAAUGUGUUUGGGGGGAGACACCACUGUAAAUGUGUUGGGGGUGGGAGACACCAACUGGGGGUGAGACACCACUGUAAUGUUGUUUGUGGGGGGGUGUUGGGGGGCUGUGACUUUUUAUUUGUGUCAAGUUGGAUUCUGAUUUUAUUCCUUCUAAUGUAUUUUUGUGUUCUACUCUCAAGUUUGUGAAUAUGUUAUUGAAAAGCCAGCCAGAAUGUGCACCAAUCAGCUUUCAAGACUACACCCAUUAUGUAAAUAAUAAUUUCACAUAUUUUAGUUUUUUUUGGGGGGGGGGGGGGGGGGGGGGGGGGGUGAAAUAAAAUUAAAUAGAUUUUCUUAGAAAAUAUUUUGAAUGUAUUGCAAAGAGGAGAUGUAGGUGGUAAUGUUUAAAUGGCACCCUGUGCCUCUACUUUUGACCAGAGUAGUACACUAUAAAGGGACUAGGUGUCCAUAUUUGACCUGAGUUACACUAUAAGGACUGUCCAUUGGACGAGAGUAGUACACUAUAAAGGGACUAGGGUGCCAUUUGGACCAGAGUAGUACACUAUAAGACUAGUGCAUUGGACAGAGUAGUACACUAUAAAGGGACUAGGGUGCCAUUUGGACCAGAGUAGACACUAAAGGACUAGGUGCCAUUUGGACCAGAGUAGUACACUAUAAAGGGACUAGGGUGCCAUUUGGACCAGAGUAGUACACUAUAAAGGGACUAGGGUGCCAUUUGGACCAGAGUAGUACACUAUAAAGGGACUAGGGUGCCAUUUGGACCGGAGUAGUACACUAUAAAGGGACUAGGGUGCCAUUUGGACCGGAGUAGUACACUAUAAAGGGACUAGGGUGCCAUUUGGGAAGCACAAUAUACUUUAACAUUUGUAUUUGUUGAAGGAAUGAUUGGACUUUGUAUUGCUAAAUGUUUCCUAUUGUAUCUGCUUCUGUAGAAUCAAAUGUAACAUGUCAUUACUAAUAUAUUAAAGAUCCAUUUGUAUGUGGUGUGUUUGAAACUUUAGUGUGGGAGAUGUUUCUGUUUCUACUUUCUCAGGUUUCCUUCCAAUUAGCGACCGAUUUUUCAUGUGAAUAUUCUAGAAUCCGUAUAAUGAAAAUAUCUACAUUUUCCCACCAGUGGUGUGUUUCCACCAAAUGGACUUGUUGCGGAUCGAAAUCAGUGUGUGAUGAUGACAUCUAAAGUUCAUCGCAUUUUCAACUCUACUGAUAGUUGUAUCAUAAAAACUGUUGUUAAAUAGCAAAUGUGCCCACUCUGGUUCUGGUAAGUGCACAAUAGCCAACAGCUGGCAGGUAGACUAGUCCAGGGGUGUGUGUAUAUAUAUAUAUAUAUAUAAUAGCCAACAGCUGGCAGAUACAGUGGGGCUAGACUAGUCCAGGGGUUCCCAAACGUUUUCACUCGGAGCCCCCCCCCCCGCGCACGCGCCACGUCUAUUUCUGUGGGCACAAGCACUGUCCAUGAAUCAAACUGUUCACACCCCUCUGGUUGGUGGAGAGAAUUUUGAAGGUUUAAAGCUUAUUACCUGCAAUUCUACACAUUUUGUCAUUGGAUGCAAAGAAAAUGUAGCUGCUUUAAAGCUAAUUUGCUUGCAAGUCUAUACAUUUUUGCCAUGCUAUGGGCAAAAAAAAAAAAACGAAAUUAAAAAACGUUAGCUGACAUGGGCUUGUUGAUCUGGACAUUUCAGACCAGUUAUAAAUAUCUCUCUAAGGUCUGAAAUGACUAACUUGACAAGAGGAACUGAUUAUCGCAUUCUACUAUUACAACUUUCAGGAGUAAGUUUAAAGCCGGACUGAGUUCCUUUAAAAACUUUUUUAAACCCGCGCCCUCCCUCACAGUUUGGGAACCACAGGGCUAGUCUACAUGAUGAGAUUAUUAUCGAUAAUAUUUUUAUUUGUCAAACAGCAGUAAAGCAUCGAUCGUCAUGUCACCAGAAUAAGACCCUCGAUUUAUUGGAAAGGAGCAUCACCGUGUACUUUCACCACCCUGUGAAGUUCAUCACUUAUUUAAUCUGUAGCCUAAUAAACUGCAUGGUUUCCUGAGUCCUAGUGGGAGGACCACACACCAUGUCAUCGUGUGACUCCAAGUUUGCUUUGAUAUGAUGGUGAUUAUAUCAAUAUUUGCGCAUAAAGACGUUUCCAUUGCCAUUUCUUGCAUAAUACAUUUCACCGACACAAAAAGGUCUCACCAUGUCGAAAGAAAAAAUGAUCUGUCGGCAUUUAUAACAUUUUACCGAAACUUCCUGUUUCCAAUAUAGCUGUCUUGCAUGACUUUACACGCAUAAAGUCGCACUGUAUGAAAAUGUAUGCACUCACUAAAUGUAAGUCACUCUGGAUAAGAGCGUCUGCUAAAUGACUUGGCUCUGUCAUAUCCUCACAUGGCCUCUCCUAUCAUUGCUACGCAGACGACACACAACUAAUCUUCUCCUUUCCCCCUUCUGAUAACCAGGUGGCGAAUCGCAUCUCUGCAUGUCUGGCAGACAUAUCAGUGUGGAUGACGGAUCACCACCUCAAGCUGAACCUCGGGAAGACGGAGCUGCUCUUCCUCCCGGGGAAGGACUGCCCGUUCCAUGAUCUCGCCAUCACGGUUGACAACUCCAUUGUGUCCUCCUCCCAGAGUGCAAAGAGCCUUGGCGUGACCCUGGACAACACCCUGUCGUUCUCCGCUAACAUCAAGGCGGUGACCCGAUCCUGUAGGUUCAUGCUCUACAACAUUCGGAGAGUACGACCCUGCCUUACACAGGAAGCGGCACAGGUCCUAAUCCAGGCACUUGUCAUCUCCCGUCUGGAUUACUGCAACUCGCUGUUGGCUGGGCUCCCUGCCUGUGCCAUUAAACCCCUACAACUUAUCCAGAACGCUGCAGCCCGUCUGGUGUUCAACCUUCCCAAGUUCUCUCACGUCACCCCGCUCCUCUGCACACUCCACUGGCUUCCAGUUGAAGCUCGCAUCUGCUACAAGACCAUGGUGCUUGCCUACGGAGCUGUGAGGGGAACGGCACCUCCGUACCUUCAGGCUCUGAUCAGUCCCUACACCCAAACGAGGGCAUUGCGUUCAUCCACCUCUGGCCUGAUGGCUCCCCUACCUCUGCGGAAGCACAGUUCCCGCUCAGCCCAGUCAAAACUGUUCGCUGCUCUGUCACCCCAAUGGUGGAACAAAAUGGUGUCACCCCCCCAAAAAAAACCAUAUUGUAAAGUGGUUAUCCCACUGGCUAUAAGACGAAUGCACCAAUUUGUAAGUCGCUCUGGAUAAGAGCGUCUGCUAAAUCACGUAAAUGUAAUAAAAACUGUGGAUGGAAAUGUGGUUUAUUCUACGAAUUCCCUGGCGGUGAAUGUUUUUUUUCUUCAGUACAGUAUAGUCAUUCAGCACAUCUUAUCCAGAGCAAUUAGGGUUAAGUGCCUUGCUCAAGGGCACAUUAUUUUACCUAGUUGGCUUGGGGAUUCGAACCUGCGACCUUUCGGUUACUGGCCCAACGCUCUUAACCACUAAGCCACCUGCUGCCCGUAGAAUGUUUGUAAGUGAGGACUUAGGGUUCUUUAUUUUACCAGGUAAGUUGAUUGAGAACACGUUCUCAUUUACAGCAACGACCUGGGGAAUAGUGACAGGGGAGGAUGAAUGAGCCAAUUGGAAGCUGGGGUUGAUUAGGUGGCCAUGAUGGUAUAUAUUGGGAAUUUAGCCAGGACACCGGGGUUAACACCCCUACACUUACGAUAAGUGCCAUGGGAUCUUUAGUCACAGAGAGUCAGGACACCCAUUUAAUGUCCCAUCCGAAAGACGGCACCCUACACAGGGCAAUGUCCCCAAUCACUGCCCUGGGGCAUUGGGAUAUUUUAUUUUAGACCAGAGGAAAGUGUGCAUCCUACUGGCCAUCCAACACCACUUCCAGCAGCAUCUGGUCGCCCAUCCAGGACCAACCCUGCUUAGCUUCAGAGGCAAGCCAGCAGUGGGAUGCAGGGUGGUACGCUGCUGGCCAGCAGUGGGAUGCAGGGUGGUAUGCUGCUGGCCAGCAGUGGGAUGCAGGGUGGUAUGCUGCUGGCCAGCAGUGGGAUGCAGGGUGGUAUGCUGCUGGCCAGCAGUGGAUGCAGGGUGGUAUGCUGCUGGCCAGCAGUGGGAUGCAGGGUGGUAUGCUGCUGGCCAGCAGUGGGAUGCAGGGUGGUACGCUGCUGGCCAGCAGUGGGAUGCAGGGUGGUUGAUGCUGCUGGCCAGCAGUGGGAUGCAGGGUGGUACGCUGCUGGCCAGUGCCCUGAGAGGUUACUAGGGGUCCGGACAUCUGGCCAUCCUCUUGACUGUACAGGCCACACAGUACUGUCCGUCUUCCUCAAGCAGUGGCAGAGAGCAACAUGUCUCUGCCCAUCAAUAACUAGACUCACUCAUAUCUCUGGACUUGUGGGAUGGUGUGCGUGGCCAAAGUGAGUUGUGUGACGUAUAUAUUGUUCUCAAUAGUUAGUUGUUGUUGCAUUAUGUAUGCUUACACCGUAUAGCUUGUAACCUGUAAACAUGUUCAGGGAUGAUAUGUCAUUUAUAUAGUCCUUUAUUACUGUUAAUACAGCUCGUCAUAUCGUAUGUACAGUAUAUUCAUAUUCAGUAUAGUUCCUGUGUGUUAAUGCUUGGGCUGCUUUAUUCCCCUCUAACAGUGUCAGUGGGUCAGAACUAGUAAAAUACAUAGAGUCCCAUGGGGGGGCCAAAUAAUCACCACCGGGCGGAGUCUAGGACCCACCGGGCGCCAGUUGGGAAACCCUGAUCAACACAGCACUAAACCGGGCGGAGUCUAGGACCCAGCGUGGCAGCCCUAAACCGGGCGGAGUCUAGGACCCAGCGUGGGCGUGUCGAAAGGAGUGGGCGUUGAAUGCGCUCUGCUAUAGGUCAGAUGGUUAGGAGUGGGUGUUGAAUGCGCUCUGCUAUAGGUCAGAUGGUUAGGAGUGGGCGUUGAAUGCGCUCUGCUAUAGGUCAGAUGGUUAGGAGUGGGUGUUGAAUGCGCUCUGCUAUAGGUCAGAUGGUUAGGAGUGGGCGUUGAAUGCGCUCUGCUAUAGGUCAGAUGGUUAGGAGUGGGUGUUGAAUGCGCUCUGCUAUAGGUCAGAUGGUUAGGAGUGGGUGUUGAAUGCGCUCUGCUAUAGGUCAGAUGGUUAGGAGUGGGUGUUGAAUGCGCUCUGCUAUAGGUCAGAUGGUUAGGAGUGGGCGUUGAAUGCGCUCUGCUAUAGGUCAGAUGGUUAGGAGUGGGUGUUGAAUGCGCUCUGCUAUAGGUCAGAUGGUUAGGAGUGGGUGUUGAAUGCGCUCUGCUAUAGGUCAGAUGGUUAGGAGUGGGCGUUGAAUGCGCUCUGCUAUAGGUCAGAUGGUUAGGAGUGGGUGUUGAAUGCGCUCUGCUAUAGGUCAGAUGGUUAGGAGUGGGCGUUGAAUGCGCUCUGCUAUAGGUCAGAUGGUUUUGAUUUAGUGUUUUUUUUUCUUCAGUUUAUUACCAAUUACCAAUUACCGUACCGCGAGAGUUUGAACUUCUGUUUUUCAGCCAGAGUAUUAGUCUGAGACAUAUUUCACUGUUAGUUCUACACAAAUAAUUGUACACUGAACAAGAAUAUAAACACAACAUGCAACAAUUUCAUAGAUUUUACUGAGUUACAGUUCAUAUAAAACUGAGUCAGUUGAAAUAAAUUCAUUAGGCCCUAAUCUAUGGAUUUCACACGACUGGGAAUACAGAUAUGCAUCUGUUGGUCACAGGUACCUUUAAAAAAAUGGGCCUCAGGAUCUCGUCAUGGUAUUUUUGUGCAUUCAAAUUGCCAUCGAUAAAAUGCAAUUGUGUUCGUUGUCUGUAGCUUAUGCCUGCCCAUACCAUAACCCCACUGCCACCAUGGGGCACUCUGUUCACAACGUUGACAUCAGCAAACUGCUCGCCUACAAAAAGCCAUACACGUGGUCUGCGGUUGUGAGGCCGGUUGGACAUACUAACAAAUUCUCUAAAACGACGUUGGAGGCGGCUUAUGGUAUAGAAAUUAACAUUCAAUUCUCUGGCAACAGCUCUGGUGGACAUUCCUGCAGUCAGAAUGCCAAUUGCAUGCUACCUCAAUACUUAAAAGACAUCUGUGGCAUUGUGUUGUGGGACAAAACUGCACAUUUUAGAGUGGCCUUUUAUUGUCCCCAGUACAAGGUGCAUCUGUGUAAUGAUCAUGCUGUUUAAUCAGCUUCUUGAUAUGCCACACCUGUCACGUGGAUGGAUUAUCUUGGCAAAGGAGAAAUGCUCACUAACAGGGACGUAAACAAAUUUGAGAGAAAUAAGCUUUUUGUGCGUAUGGAAAAUUUCUGGGAUCUUUUAUUUCAGCUCAUGAAACAUGGGACCAACAUUUUACAUGUUGCUUUAUAUAACUGACGAUUGUUAUUGAUGAUGAGUGUACUGUUGCUUCAUGCUUUGUAUGCCUUACUUGAAAUAAAAUUGUGUGAGAGAAAAAAAUUGCCACGUUAGCUACCUCCGGCUACACGACAGUGAUACCACGGAUAGAACAACGAGACCGAUAUUUCACCGGAUGUAUAAAUGUGAAGCAUCCGCUUGGCGUUUUCACUCACUACCAAAUAGUGAGCGGAAGCCCAGUGGCCGGCAGUGGAACAACAUGGAUUUUUACUUGACCCUUUGCCAAAGCUUUUAAAAAUGGCGUUGUUUAGCAGGCGUGCAAAGGCGAAUUGAGUUAUUGCACACACGCGCUUAACACAGUAGGCGUUCCCUAAGAAAAAUGCAAAUAUUGGCUAUAACGCGCCAAUAGGAUCUCGCUAGCUCGCACUUGGCUCCGCCCACUAUGACUCAUUUGUUCCAAUUUCAAACGAUGGGCUGUGGUCUAUCUUGGUUUAGUUAUACAAAUGUUUUGUGAUACCCAGUAAGAAGCACUUUAAGUCGGCAGGCAGGCGGAUACAACGCAGCCACGUAAAACGUUCUUGAGUGGAAAAACAUCUGUCCAAUUAGCUGAUUCGCUUUCCAUACACCCACUCCUUUCGACAAACCCACUCGCCCAUUCUCUGGUCGCCAUAUUGGGCUGCAGCUACCCAUACUUGGACAGGGUGGUCCCACAGAUAGAACAAUGAGACAGAUAUUUCACUGGAUGUAUAAAUGUGAAGCAUCCGAAUAUCCAAAUAUGGUAGUGAGAGGAAGCCCAGUGGCCGGCAGUGGGAGAAGAUGGAACGAGAUGGAUUUUGGCCUACAUUCUGCUAAUUUUCUCAUCGAUUAAAUAUUUGAUCUCAAUACAGUAUUCUGUUCCCAAAACUAAAAUAUGUUACGAACACAGUGGACUAACUUUUGUAGACUUUACCCUUUGCCAAAGUUUUUUUUUUUUAAUGGUGUUGUUUAGGAGUGAAAAUGCGAAUUGAGUUAUUACACACUCGCACUCCACAUAAUAGGCGUUUCCUAACGGACAUAUGCAAAUAUUGUCUAUAACGCGCCAAUAGGAUCUCGCUAGCUGGUGCUUGGCUCCGCCCGCUAUGACUCAUUUGUUCCCGUUUGAAACGACAGGCUGUGGUCUAUCUUGGUUUACUUAUAUCCCGUCUUUGGCGGUACUCAAUAGGGCAGUUGGUGAGGAGAGGUUACAGCUAGUUACGGGAAAUAUUCAGUGUGUGGAAAAAAAUAUAUAAUACAGGAAAAAUAGUUUUACUAAGAGUGCCGUGUUUAUAUGUGAGGAAUUUGGUGAAAGCGUUCAGGAAUCGCAAUAAGCUGCGUAAUUUACCGCGGAUCCAAGGUAAGGUCGCUGAACAAUGUGGUCGUGUGUUGUGUGCAGUCUCGGUGUGGCAAGGCUAGCCCGGGAUGUAGCCUACCAGCCAGGCUGUGGGGCCCGCCACCUCGGUGUGGCAAGGCUAGCCCGGGAUGUAGCCUACCAGCCAGGCUGUGGGGCCCGCCACCUCGGUGUGGCAAGGCUAGCCCGGGAUGUAGCCUACCAGCCAGGCUGUGGGGCCCGCCACCUCGGUGUGGCAAGGCUAGCCCGGGAUGUAGCCUACCAGCCAGGCUGUGGGGCCCGCCACCUCCCUCUUCCUCUCUCACACAAGGACUUCAGCCUCCUAUGGCGCUAA